GCCCUCGCUAGGCGUUAUGAAAGCAGAGAGCGCCGUAACUCGAGUUGCUAUGGAGACGACGGCGCUGCCGUAAAGUAGAAGCCGGGGCCGGCGGUGAAGAGGCAGUUCGCCCCCGGAGCGAGGUUGUCCUUGGAGGUAGCGGACGUGGAGGCGAUAUCUGUUCUCUGUCUCCACAACACAGCUCUCCUCUGCCAUGGCGGCGGCGCUGGCUCGCAAGGCCGCGGACUAUGUGCGCAGCAAGGACUUCAGGGAUUAUCUCAUGAGUACGCACUUCUGGGGACCAGUAGCCAACUGGGGGCUCCCUAUUGCUGCUAUAAAUGACAUGAAGAAAUCUCCAGAGAUCAUCAGUGGUCGAAUGACAUUUGCACUUUGCUGUUAUUCACUGACGUUCAUGAGGUUUGCAUAUAAGGUGCAGCCCAGGAACUGGUUGCUGUUUGCUUGUCACUUUACCAAUGAAUUCGCACAACUUACCCAAGGAGGGAGAUUGAUCAAAUACAAUCUUGAGAAAAAGAACUGAGUACCUAUUUAACAGGGAAAAAACACGGUGCUCCUCUUCACAGAUGACAACUGAGAAAAAUCUUUGCCAUCCAGAAUUGCUGUAUCUCUUAUUGUUGCAGUCUCAUUUACAUGAAUGUGUUCAUAACAACAUCAUCCACGCACUAAAUUUUGUAACCUGUACUUUUGUAAAAAGUACUUAGCUGUUGAAAAUGUUACAUUGAACAAUUUGCCUUACAAGUACUACAUUUUAAUUUUUCUCUUUAUGAAAUUCUUCAGUUGAUAUGCACAUCGAUUUGUGAAGGAUAAGAUUUCCUGUCUACAAAAAAUAAAAAACAACAAAAACUUAUUACUGAAUUACUUUGUGCAGCUUGUUAAAACUUGGAAGACCAGUGUAUAUUUGGUGGUUUCAAGAAUCUGUCUCUUUAAGUGCAUUGGAACUACGGCCUUGCAUUCAGGAGCACCCAUUCUUGGCUUUUGCUGCAAUUAAAGAUAUGUAACAGGCUGCCAGACUAUCAACCCAGCACUUAACUGAAAGCAGGUGCUUAGCAACUAAUUGCUCUCAGGUUGCUAAUUUGAAUACUGUAUGUCUACUUACAUAUCCCAGCUUUUACUUCUGGGUCCCUAAAAGUCCUAUAGUGAUCUGAAGGAAGGCAAUAAUGUUCCUUAUUGUUUAUGGUUAGAAAACUCUAAAGUGGUACAAGGUUCAUGGAGGGGGAAAAGCAAGAUCACUGCAGGAUGUAUUCCUGACUCAAGUGCAUUGGAAAAUUGCAACCUUUGGAGGCUUGAAGCAUGAGGCCAUUUUUUAAAAAUCUUGUAUGGAUUAAAAAUACGUGAUUUGGAGCAAUGUGCAAUGGAUUUUUUGUAUUUUGGCCCAUUAUGAAAGGUCUGUCUGACAGUGUGACUAGCUGAAGUUGUGAAUGCCCAGUAGGCAGAGCACCGUAAUCUUGUAUCUCCUUCCUUAGAGUUUAAUUCACAUUUAUUCUCAUUUGAGUGUUGUAAAUAUGUCUUAAUUCCACAUUGUCUGCCUUGUGGAGAUUUUGUAAAGAUUUCUUGUGAACUUUAACUGAAACAAAAAACAUAACAGACAAGACUGAAGUCUUUUGGGGAAAAAGAUUUGGAGAUAUGUAAAUUUUAAAGUUCUAACAGAUCAGCUUUCUGAUUACUUCUUUCCAGAAAACAUGUGUCUUACAUCAGCAGCUGUAACGCACCAUGUAUGGAAUGUAUUUAACUAUUUUCAUUUUAGUGCAACAACUUUGAGACCAGUAAAUAGUCCAGUAGGAAGAAGUUAUGAUAUAAAUGUUUUAAUCAAACUAAUGGCAAUAAAAUAUUUUGAGGGAAUUUUGUGACUUGCAACAUGAUUAAUGAUAUUUAACUUUCAUCAUUGAAUUGUACAGAAAAAACUCUGUGAUUUUUGGAAAGUCUAUGAAGGACUGACUUUCUCAUGAGGUCCAUUUCAAUUGUAAUGGUCUCUGAAUUAAUAUUAAUACAUUGGCAAAAAUAAA